AUGCUUUCACUGGAUUCUGGCUCCAUCCAAAACGACGUUUCACCGAUGAUUUCAGCAACACACACACACACACACACACACACACACACUCGCACAGGGAUGCGCGUCUGGAUCACAUGGAGGCUUCAGUUUCCACUCAGCUGUGCACUGGGAGCAGUAGCCGGAACUUGUCUCGAGACAAAAGUUCCGCCGUGUUUCCACCCGGUCUUCUAUUACAGCGACACGGACAAGAUGGCAGCCGAGGAGCUGAAUGUCAGCACACCUGCUGGGGAUGAGAGCGUGGAGGAGGCUAAAUUACAAGUGUUAAAAGGUGGAGCAUUUCUGACGACCGUAGCCACCGCAGGAAUGAUUGCUGGAUUCGGCUCGACCCUCGCUUUGGCUAAGAAGAAGAGCCCUGAUUGGUUUAAUAAGGGUGUUGUGGGCACGGCGGCGGUGCCCGAGAGCGGUGCGUCGCUAGCCCUGCGUGCCCUCGGAUGGGGUUCUCUGUAUGCCUGGUGCGGAGUCGGACUUCUCACCUUCACAGUGUGGAAAGCUCUAGGGGUCCACAGUUUGGUGGAAUUUCGACAGAAAAUGCAAUCCCUGUUCCCUGCCAUCCCGAAAAACGCAGACUCCGAGCCGAGCGCAGGGGCUUUCGACUGGGACUCGCUGUUCAAGUCCAAGUGAUGUGCAGUUAAAGGGAUUUACAGGUUUCCUCACUGGAUAGACGACCUGUGAAGGACUGCUAGGUCAGUUGAGAAUCGAGUUUCUUAUGGUAAGCAGUGGAAGGAUGUUCUAGGGACUGACUUUAUUGAUAAUCUUGAAUCAGUCUGGAGGAAAAAAAAAAGCAGUCCCUUUCGGGCUUCACUACACUGUGUGUGAGAGAACAAGAAUAUUAAGACGUCUGACGUCGACGCUCCGGGGUCAAAGGACGUUCUGCUAAACUUUUGCCAUUUGGUAGAGGAGCUUUUAGAUUGGCUUAAGGAGUUUGGAGCCCAUUUGAUAAAAAAAAAAUUAGUGAAUGCUGCUGGAUAUACAGUAUCCCACAAAAGUGAGUACUCUUUUCAAGAAACAAAACUAUAGAAAAUAAAUUUGGAUUUAUUUAGUCAACGUGCAGCCUGUAUAGCAGUACAGAUUUACUUAACAUACAGCCAUUGUUGUCAAAAUAACUGGCAACAAAAUAAGUACACCCAAAGUGACGUCAAAACUGUGUCCAAAGUGUCAAUAUUUUGUGCGCUCCAUUUUUAUCCAGCACUGCUUCAAUCCUCCUGGGUAUGGAAUUCACCAGAGCUGCACAGGUUGUUGCUGGGAUCCUUCUCCAUCCUUCAUAAUGACAUCACAGAGCUGCUGGAUGUUGAAUGAGAGAAUAGUACUUAAAGUACCCAAUUCUAACUACUCUAAUACAAGAUACACAAAUUGAUAUGGCCCUGUCAAGCAGACAAAACCAUGAACAUGAUGAAUAGCUUUAGUUACACUACAUACAGCUGUUCUUGUGUUGCCAGUUAUUUAGACAAUAUUGGCUGUAUGUUGUUAUUUUUAGAGGACAGUAAAUCUGUACUGCUAUAAAGCUGCACAUUGACUAAUCUAAAUAUAUCCAAGUUUCAUUUCUAUAGUAUUGUCUGUUGAGAAGAAAUAAUUAAAAAAUGGUGGCUAAAAUGUGAGGGGUGUAUUUACUUUUGCUUCCAGCAAUAUAGUAAAAUGGAAGAAUACACUUUUUAAGUUAUAAUACCCACCGCUCUUCAAGAAUGGUUUUGUUCAUUCACCAAGUUGAAGAGGUCUGGGGUGUAGUCUGCGUUCCAGCCCAAAGGUGUUUAGUAGGGUCGAGGUCAGGGCUCUGUGCAGGAUGUCUUCAUGGAGCUGGCUUUGUGCACAAGGACAUUAUCAACAGGUUUCAGUCUCUUUGUUUUAGUAAAGAGAAAUUAUUAUGUACAAUUGUAAGUGACAGAAGUUUGAAAACAAACCACGUAUGAAUGCGCUGGUCAGGUGUCCACAAACUUGGGCAGAUAGUUUAUGAAAAGUGUGUUGCUAGUUAAAGAAAAAUGGUAGCAUGAAGCACCAGUGCAAACCAAAAUGCUAAUCUAACCUAAAAAAUAUUUAUAAAUGACCCUUUACAAAUGUCAAAAAUAUUUUUGUAUGAAACCAAAACAGUAUAUAAUGUUAAAUAUACAUUAAAUAAAUGUAAUAAAGUAAAUUUUGUUCGA